AUGCCCCGCGCCAGGCAGCCUUUGAAAAAGCGGCGCGGCUCGUUCAAGAUGGCGGAGCUGGAUCAGCUGCCUGACGAGAGUUCUUCAGCAAAAGCACUUGUGAGCUUGAAAGAGGGAAGUUUAUCCAGUUCGUGGAAUGAAAAAUAUAAUUCUCUGCAGAAAACACACAUUUGGAAAAGCAAGAAUGCUGGUUCUGCAGUGGAAAUGCCRUUCAGAAAUUCAAAACGGAGUCGACUCUUCAGUGAAGAAGAUGACAGACAAAUAAACACAAGGUCACCAAAAAGAAAUCAGAAGGUUGCCAUGGUUCCACAGAAGUUUAGUACAACAAUGUCCACACCAGAAAAGAAAGUAUCCCAGAAGAUUGGGUUACGGCUUCGAAACCUACUGAAACUUCCCAAAGCUCACAAGUGGUGCAUAUAUGAGUGGUUCUAUUCAAAUAUAGAUAAGCCACUAUUUGAAGGAGAUAAUGACUUCUGUAUAUGCCUGAAAGAAUCUUUUCCAACUUUGAAAACCAGAAAAUUGACAAGAGUAGAAUGGGGGAAAAUCAGGCGAUUAAUGGGGAAACCACGGAGGUGUUCCUCUGCAUUCUUUGAGGAAGAGAGGUCAGCAUUAAAACAGAAACGGCAGAAAAUAAGACUUUUGCAGCAGCGGAAAGUUGCAGAUCUUUCACAGUUCAAAGAUCUUCCAGAAGAAAUUCCAUUACCACUUGUAAUAGGAACAAAAGUUACAGCACGUUUGCGAGGUGUCCAUGAUGGUCUGUUCACUGGACAAAUAGAUGCUGUAGACACUCUUAAUGCUACCUACAGAGUGACUUUUGAUAGGGCAGGUCUUGGAACACACACCGUCCCAGAUUAUGAAGUUCUUAGUAAUGAGCCCCAUGAAACCAUGCCAAUUGCUGCCUUUGGGCAGAAACAACGGCCUUCGCGCUUCUUCAUGACUCCUCCCCGAUUGCCAUACACACCUUCACUCCAGUCGCCAAUCACAGACAGUGAUCCUUUAUUAGGACAAUCUUCAUGGAAAAACAAAAUUUCAGGUACAGAUAGUGAAACACUAGGAGGCUUUCCAGUAGAAUUCCUCAUUCAAGUGACCAGGUUAUCGAAAAUCCUUAUGAUCAAGAAGGAACACAUCAAACAAUUGAGAGAGAUGAAUACAGAAGCAGAAAAGCUGAAAUCCUAUUCCAUGCCAAUAGGCAUUGAAUUUCAGAGGAGAUAUGCAACUAUUGUUCUAGAUCUAGARCAGCUAAACAAAGACUUAAAUAAAGUAUUGCAUAAAGUUCAACAGUAUUGUUACGAGCUUGCUCCUGACCAGGGCCUCCAGCCUGCUGACCAGCCCACGGAUCUGAGGCGCAGAUGUGAAGAGGAAGCUCAGGAGGUYGUCAGACAAGCAAAUACCUCAUCAACGGGACAACUCUGUGUGGAGAGUGAAAAUUUAACUGAUCUUAUCUCUAGACUUACAGCAAUAUUACUGCAAAUCAAGUGUCUAGCAGAAGGAGGUGAUCUGAAUUCCUUUGAAUUUAAAUCACUAACAGAUUCAUUAAACGACAUUAAGAAUUCAAUAGACUCCUCAAAUAUCAGUUGUUUCCAGAAUAAUGUUGAGAUCCAUGUUGCACAUAUUCAGAGUGGUCUGAGCCAGAUGGGAAAUUUACAUGCUUUUGCAGCUAAUAACACCAACAGAGACUGAAAACUUCCUUUCAAGUGUACAGCAAGUAGUUCUGGAAAAUCUUCCUUUCUAUAGGCUUCACCAAAUAUCCUAACUGCCAGAAGAUAAGGGAAAUGAAAACCUCUCAGAAAGGACCCUUUUUAAAUAUAUUAUAUUCGCUUCUUAAGAAAACCAGCAUUACUGGCCAGCAUUACAUUAGAUUUCUCCGUUUGUUAUUCACAUGCAGUAGUUUUGCUAACUGGUAAUCUCUUAGUAAUUGCAUUGAUUAUAGUAAACUUGAAAGCAUACUUUCAUAUAAUUUGAACUUAGUUUUUAAAAGUUCAGAUUAAUUCUGCACACCUCUUGCUGUUGRAUCUCCUGGUAUGUUAGAAGUGCUGAAGAGGAAAUGGCUCCAGUUAGUAGCCACAUGGCAGGUCUUUGUUGUGUAAAGCUACACCUCUGUGUAGGUCUUGASAGCUGCCAGGUCAGCCUUUGGGAAGCCCGAACGUUCCUGAUCUGAGGAAGCAGCAGCAGGAUACAGUCAGCAAAUAUAAGCUGUAAACUGGAGGAUGUUGGGCAGGUCUGUCGAUCAGUCUGUGUCUGGAACUCUUUAAUUUAUCAUAACUUAUAGAAGGAGUCUAAUGAAGGAAUAUAARAAUGUAACUAUUAACUUUCCAGAAAGAGAUGGGUUAUCGCUUUUUCCCUUCACACAGGGCAAAAGAAGUGCUUUAGGUGGUAUUUUAUAUAAGUGACUGGUKAAACAUAUUGUUUUUCCAAACUCUUGUUUGUUUUGCACAAGUUUUAAAUUAGGUUACUGGUUAUUGAACAGUGCUCAACAUCUAUCAAUAAGAAGAUUUUUAUAAUUAAAGAUAACCAGUGAGGUAAAUUGCAAAAAUAAGAAUUGACAACCUGCCUAUGAAUACCUUUUGGAAUGUUAAUCUUGUAAAAAGUGUGUAUUGGUUUGUUUAAAUAGUCUUGUAAAGCUUCUGUGUAAUGAAUUGUUUCCAAAUAUGGAUUUUCUGAGAUAGCUGUAGAGAUGUUUUUGAUUCUUUUAGAUGCCCCAUUAAAUAAGGUCUUUUAUAUGUUAAUGURUAAAGAAUAUGUAAACAGGAUUAUUUUCAAUUUUAAAAUUUUGUAUAGUUUAAAGAUGCUUCUGUAUUCUGUGUUGGUAUUGUGCCACUGCAAAACUUUAGUGCAGAGUUUAUAUUUAGCUAAAUUUGUUCUGUUAAUUAAGAGAAAUGCAUAAAUCUUUUAUUCUCAAUGAAAUUUGUAACUGAAUAAAUUGACCUAUGAGAGUUGAUAUAUUUCACAAAAAUGCAAACUUUUUUGCAGAUGGUCUCAGGUCAUUUUUUUAAGAGAAGCUAAUUGCUGAAAAUGAAAUGUUAUGAGGACUAGGUGAGUAGCUGUUUUGAAAGAUAUUUAAAAACUUUACAAGGGAUACUAUAAAACAAUGAUAAACAGUAAUUUAGCUGAGCUAUCCAGGGAAAUCUACCUCUCAUAAUGCAGUAGGCCAUCGUGGUGGUGCCUGCAACUGCUUUUGUCAUUAUGUUACUCAUUGUUUUGUGGUGUUACCAUCUGGUUGAUAAAGAUAGAAAGGAGUCCUCUCCCACCACCUUCUUCAUUUGAUCAGAGAAAGG